UUUCGCAUUCUAUAAAGCAGAAAAAUAUGGCGGACUUCGUAAUGGUUUAUUUUCAUCUUGUAGCUGCUUUUAUAAUUGAUAUUAUUGCUCUUCAGCACAAAAUUUUUGCCCAAGGAAGUAUCGAGGCUACGCAAGCUAUUCAAGUUACAGUUUCAAGUACACAAUCAGUUCCAAUUUUAAUGUCAGUUUCGCCUACACAAACAGCAACUGAGAACGGUUCAUCACAAAUUGAGUUGCCGAUUUUUGAGUGUCCUGAUGGACAUUAUUGUCGUGAUCUCGGUGCUUCUUGCAUUAAUUGUACUAUGAACUAUUCGUGUAUAUAUGGGAAAGACACAGAAGCACAAUGUGUGGUGUACAGCUCGAUCAAAUGCAGGGUACGUAUUAGCUAGGUAUGCUUGUACACAUGUGAAAGUACAGCUUCCUUUCUUAAUGAGAACAUAUUUUUAUAAGUAGCAAUAAGAUAUAUUUAAGAGUAAUAGCUUGAUUAAAUUCUAUUUAAUUGUUGAAGUAAUCAACUGAAUUAUACUGAAUCAGUCAAUCGAUCAAUGAAGUAAUUUAUUCGAUUGUAGGUAAAUAAGUAUUAGUCUUUACUUUCAUGAGCAAAUAAAACCUGAACUGAUAAAUGAAAAAAGGAUAUUUAGUUAAACAGUACCAGUGUUUCAGGUAUUCAUAGUGAUCUAAGAGAGAAAAUAUAGAUCAAAUUGUGUUAUUAGAAUUAAAAAAUUGAAUGGAUUCAUUGACAGGGACCUCGAACUUUCAAGAAAAUUUACACCUGCAAGUACUGUUAUCAACUGCAAACUAAUCAAUAUGAAUGUGAAAAACAAUCAGGCUGCAAGGUAAGAACUUCAUGUUAACCUUUUAAAAGCAAAUCCAUAAAGUAAAAUGUAGAAGUACAUAUCUAGUAUAUAAGAAGAGCAAUACCCUCAUCUAUACACUGACUAGCAAUACUCAAUAAUCAAGCCUAGUUUCCUGAUGAGUGUUGAAUAAGGAUGGUCUUAGGCAAAGAAAGUUGACUUUGUCAUUAUAUUUCUAAAACCUAACCAUGCAUCUUAUUUAUUAGCAUUAAACAGAUUGCCUUUGUCCAUCAGUUGUAAACAAUACAGGGACCUCUGCAAUGUAAACCAGUGUAAUGUUUCUGUGCAUUGUUCUUUCACCUGUUUUGUGAUUCUUUUUAUUUUAAGUUUGAAGAGCUUAAAGAAAUGGAAUUUUGAAUCUUCUUUGUCUGAUAUAGGUGGUUUCCAGUCCAAGAGAAAGGUACAAAACAAACUGUACUGUAAAGGACGACGUCCUCUGUCUUGGUGAGUUGUUAAAGUAACUUUGAGUUUAAAUGAACUGCUCUGUUUCUGCUCUGUUAGAAAUGAUGAAUUCAAAAUGAUAAAUUAUAGAAUUUUCAAACAGUUGAGCAGACAAACAAAUUUAUGGAUAAAAGUAAAAUAACAUAUGUAAGAGAGCAGUUCAAGCAAUCAUGCAGUAGAUAAUAUUUACCUUCUGAUAAUCAUAUAAGAUAUGGAAAUCAUUAAGGGAGUUAUGUAAAAAUAUUUGCAUAGAUAUAUCACGAGGCAAAAGCAAAUCUAUUUUGCAAACAAUAGUACAAUAUUUAAGGCUAGAUUUUCCUGAGUAGACUGCAGUUUCAAUCAAAGGAGGUUACAUUCAAAGCUGAAAUAAACAGUCAGGCCAGUGCAAAUUUUAAUCAUAAAUGAAUUUGAACAAAGUUUUGUCUCUUAAUUUAUACACUCAAAACUAGUGUAAAUAAUUUAAAACAAAGGAAAAAUUAGAAGCAUGGCUUAUGCAUUCACGAAAGAAAGAGUAUAGACCAAGAUUGUACAGUCAACAGAAUUACUUUUAAUAUCUUUUUUUUCUUUCAUCUUGACUAGGUAAUCGUACAUUCUCAAAAUCACUGUUGUGUAACUGGACAUCAGGAUACAGGUGGUCAACUGCUGUAUUAUUAAGGUUAGAGACUAGUGAUUAUCCUUUUGAGGGAAUCAGGGCUAAGAAUUGCUGCUAUUGUGAAGAAGGGAAAAAUAAGACUUAUGUCAGAGAAGGUUUACAAUAAGGUUUCGGAGAGACCUUGGAGUGAUAUGCCUUGUCUGUAGCCAUGGAAAAUGGAAUGAAAGGGGAAAGUAUGGACAGCUUAAAUUAAUCAUCCCUGUUUCAGUUUUUGGAACUGAUUUGUGAGAGGCCCCAUACUCUAACCAUGGGUCUUUGUAUGGUAAGUAGGGCAUUGAUUUCACCAACAUUUAAUUGUAUUGAGUUAUUGUAAAAUUAAAUUGACUUUCAAAUUUGUCAUAUUUGUGUUUGCAGCUUGACUCUAGGGGGCUUUGGUGUGGAUCGCUUUUAUUUGGGACAUUGGAGAGAGGGUCUUGGAAAGCUGUUUAGCUUUGGGGGCCUUGGAGUAUGGACCCUUGUGGACCUUAUACUCAUCAUUAUAGGAUAUGUUGGACCAGAGGAUGGUUCACUCUACAUAUUUUAGUCUUGGAAGGAAAGCAUUUCUGCAAGGAAUGAAAAAGCUGUUCAGUCUUGAAGCCCUUGGAGUGUAGACAUUUGUGGACCUUAUGGAUGGGUAGGACCAGAGGAUGUUUCUCACCUAACAUUCUUGACUGAUAUGGGACACACUGCUUGGGUGGUGCAAAGGCUUUGAAAUGAGGGCAUGAUUGGGCCAUCUGAGAUUUGGUGCCAUCUUAAUAGUCUGGAACAUACAAGUCCAUUACAUCCCCCAUGGAUGGUUAGUGUCUAAAGUAAAUUAAGGCAGCUCUGCAAGUGGAAAGGGAUCCAUAAAUGUGGUACCUUAUUUUGCAUUAUGAGAACCUGCUGCAGUAACGUCUCAGGACAAAAUUGCAUGUUGAGCAUAAGUACAAUCUCUUUACUUGUGUUACAUAAAACUCUACUCAGAAAACUAGAACUACUGGCCUCAGAAUUGCUGUUGUAUUUUUAUUAUGUGCUCUCAUGCCACUAUACAGCCAUUUCAUGGAAGACUUAGAUGACUUGUACUACUGCCAUGCUUGGUCAUUUAAGAGAGCAUUUUUGUCAACGCUUAGUGUGAAAUGUUAGGCAUCACUUUAUUUGCUUUGAUUUGCCAUGAGAAAGAAUCAUAUUGCCCUUUCUAAGCUGAAAAAGGUGUGGCAGAAAAUGAAGACAAUAGUUGAUGCUUAUACACUCUUUUUGUUGCCCAAUGGAACCAUUUUAUAACUGGUUUUGAAAGUGCAAUGAGUAGCUCUGUCUCUAAAGCUUAGAUUUAUUUGGUACCACAGACAUUAAACGGUUUAGUUUUAGGUGGCAAAUAUACAUUGAAUAAAGGGAGGAGGAUAAUUGAUGUAACCUGCUUUAUAACGAACAGGCCAGAAUUUUGAGUUAUGUGUCAGCCUACUUGUAAUUAUGGAAUUGCAUUGACCACCAAUUUCAAAGAAGGACUUCUGACAAGACUCGUUUGCUUCAAUCAGAUUUUGACUCCUCCAAAUGAAAAUUAAAUGUGGAUCCCAGCAGCCAAACAAAGAUUAAAAGAGAUCUGACUGCAACACUCUAGGAAAAAUAAUUACCAUGGUGAAUCAGACUUCCAAAGUACCCUAAAAGGCACUACACUGAAGUUAUACAUUAACGAUAUUUUGAACCAAAUUUCGUGAAUCCAUCAGGGUCCCCCUGGACUGUCCUCGGAAAGAGCUGUCGCGAUAUCUAAAAUCGUUUGGAACAUCGGGAAAAAUGCCCGUAAAUAAAAUGGAAUUUGAAAUAAUCGCCUGCUUCGGUAGAAAACGCCAAAGAAGUAAGAGUAAACGAAGAAGAACGAGGAUAGUUAAGAUUUUAGCUUCGAUAACGAACAAUAGACUUAAGAAAAUUUUAGCUGCCUAUUUUAAAUUUCCUCUAAGGCACAUGUUUGAUACUCAAAAUUUUGCAUAGGUGCAACCAGAAUAAAGUGUCGAAUACCAGAAUAUGUAUUAUGUUUUUUCCAGCACGAGG